UUUUAAUAAUUUUAAAACAAUGGAAUACUUCUGGAAAUCCGUUCUUUUGUGUGUCACGUCCUUAAUUGUUGUCAUGGAAGCAUCAUAUUCAAACAUAGAUUCCUGUAAAAAAAUUCAUCCUGCGCGACGAAUUGAAUGUGGAUGGUCAGGCAUAAGAAGAGCAUCUUGCGAAGCUAAAGGAUGUUGCUAUGAUUCAAGAUACAUGAAAAGUCUUUGGUGUUUUAAAAAAGAGGAACAUACGCAAGAUUCGGACUUGACAGAGGUAGAAACUGAAGGCUCUGUGUUGAGGACUUGUGCUGUCGCCUCUAGUGACCGCGUGGAUUGUGGAUGGCCUAGUAUUAAAAAAGUAAUUUGUGAGAACAGAGGUUGCUGCUAUAGUGAAAAAAUCAAAAAUUCUUAUUGGUGUUUUCAACCAGCAACCUUGUUUAUACAGCCUAUAAUGCAGUAUGUAAUGAAAUGUGUUUCAACUUGCACUGCAUUAUCCUGGAGAAGAACUGUAACCUUGGGAUCAACAUGCAAAACAGACUCUCGGUGUUGGCGGAAGAAGCAUGGAAUAUUGGGAUCCAUCUGCAUGACAUUAUGCAAAUCAAAUUCAACCGUCAAGGGAUAUAUUAAAGAUGUAUCAUCUUGCCUUGGACUCAGUAAGGCCAUUCGACGAAAAACUUCACGAAAAUGUGAAGUUGAUAUCUCCUGUUGGACGAAAAUGCACGGAAAAGAAGUUGGAAGAUGUUUUGCUAAAUAUUCAACUUCGGUUGGAGGGAGGGAGUACUCGUACAGUAAUAUUGAAGAUCUGGGACAAGUUGCAAGACAACCCGAAAUUCAAAUGCCUUUGCUAUCACUGAAACCAGCAGUCGAAAAAAACGCGUCUAGUAACAAAGACUGGUUACUACAUCGAGAUCCGAAUCAACAAAAUUCUAGUUUUGAUGUUCAAGUUUCAGUAAUAUCAAUAACAGACUUGACAGAAGACGAAGACACUGAACCUUGGUGGAAUAGGGCGUAAAUAUCACGAAGCAGAAAGUGGCGUUAGCGACCCUAAAUGAAUACAGCUGGUGUAACUUGUAUACAUUAUCGUUAAAUGCAUAUCUUAGGUGCAGCUACAUAUCAAUGCCAACAUGGAACUUCCAACACUAAGAAUAUCUCCGUAGUGUGUGUAUUAGGUUAGGGUUAGGCCAUAAUUUUAUUCCUUAUUUUAGUUCUAUUACAAUUUCGAGGACGGUCUGUGUUAGCCAAGUAAAUAAUACACCUUCUGUUCACAGGCUCCAGUCCCUUACACAACUUGUAGUAGGCGAACAAAAUUAGUCACCUCCAUAUUAGUACACACACUUCCGGGGCGCCACACUAGGUUACCAUGACGUUCACCUAUACAUCGCAUGCAAAUUGCUAUAUGUAGAGUGUAUUUUUGAUGUCGUUCAAGCUCCGUAUUUGUUAAUCUUCUGUUUGUAAUACUGUGACAUACUUGUUGUUUUAUAAAGUAUUAUAUUAAUAAGACAAAGACAAUUAAUAAAGUCUG